AUGUCCCACGCCAAGUUUCUAUCCCAGUUCAGCGCUUCCCGUGAAGCCACUCAUGAAACCGAGAAGGAUGAAAUCCUUUUGAUCGAGAACAAAAGGAGAUUCGUCAUGUUCCCUAUAAAGUACCACGAGAUCUGGGCUGCUUACAAGAAGGCGGAGGCCUCUUUCUGGACCGCAGAGGAGAUCGAAUUGAGUAAAGAUGUGGAGGAUAUCGCUGACAAGAAGGUCACUGCUGAGCAAUUGGCCUUCUUGAAAAAAUUCAUGGCUUUGCUGACCCUCGGUGAAGAUAUCGUCAACCGUCAUUUGAUUGAGAGAUUCUCAGCUGAAUUGCAGAACCCUGAGGGGAAGUCCUUCUACGGGUUCCAAAUCAUGAUGGAAAACAUCUACGAUGAAGUGUAUUCCAUGGUCAUCGACGCGUACUUCAACGGCCCAGAAAAUAUCAAAUGCUACGAGGAGAUAAAGAACUGUUCUCACUUCGCACAAAAGACCGACUUCAUUAACAGAUGGAUUAAGGACCCUGAAUCUUUGUACGGUGAAAGACUGGUCGCGUUUGCCGCCAAGGAAGGUAUCUUCUUGUCUGGUGCGCACGCGGCAGUCUUUGCUCUAGGUGAAAAGGGUUUGUUGGCUGGGUUGAACAAGGCCAACACUAACAUCUACAGAGACAAGGGCUCCUACACCGAUUUCUCCUGUUUGUUGUUCGCUCACUUGAAGAAGAAGCCAGAACCAAAAGUGAUCGAAAAGAUCAUCACCGAGGCCGUCGACAUCGAAAAGGAUGUCCUGGUCAACGGUAUGAACGUCAAGGAGGCUGGUGUCGACGAGGCGCAAACAAUUCAGUACGUUGAGUACUUGGCUGACUCUUUGCUUCUUUCCUUCGGUAACGAGAAAGUUUACAACGUUUCCAACCCAUUCGAGUUCAUGGCAGACACCACCUCCAUCGGCAAGAGCAGAUUCUUCGAAAAGCAAGUCUCGGACUUCAUCAAGGCCAAGCAGCCACCCCAAGCAGUCGCUGCCAGUGAAGCUUUCAACUUCAACGAGAGUUUCUAA